UGAAGCAAAUCUUGGGAAGCCUUCUCUGCACCCAUCUGCUGGGAAACUGUGGAGGAAAUCCCUGCUGCCCCCUUGCUCUUCGGUGGGUUUAAUGCCCUUGUGUCCGUCCUGGAGCUUUCCUCUCCCAGAAGGUCCCUGUGGGGCUGACUCGGCGCUGUGGCACGGUAACCUGUUCUCUGAGCCAGGCAUGACCUCGGAUUCCUGAUGCACCCUUACUCACCCCAUCGGUGAUCGCAUGAGACCCCCGUGAGCCCCAUGAUGGCACUUCUGGGGGUGGCAGAUGCUCUCUUCUUGAGGUCCCACACGCGGCUGCAGGUGCCUCUGCGUUGAGGCGCUCAUUGGAGUGCCCAGAAAUACCUGCACGCAGCUGAGGCGUGUCUGGAAACCUGAUGCCUCAUCUCCGUGAUGUGGAGGCGGAGGGAGGAGGGCUGUGAGACAUGUCCCUUCUCGCUCACAACAGCUGAAAACAGAGAAGGCAACUCGCUAGAGCCCUUCUCAGCAGCACAGGGCAUCCCCGUUGCACCGCAGGGGCACCGCCGUACACCGGGACUCUGGGUGGGUGGCAGUCCCGCAGCCGCCAGGCGAUGAACAUCGCAAGGAGAAGAGGCUUUUACAGACAGGAGCUGAACAGAACCGUCUGGGAGCUGCCCAGGAGGUACACCUCCCUGCACCCCGUGGGCUCUGGGGCCUACGGCUCCGUCUGUUCCGCCAUAGACAAGAAGACAGGAGAGAAAGUGGCCAUUAAGAAGCUGUGCCGCCCAUUCCAGUCAGUGAUAUUUGCCAAGAGAGCGUACAGAGAGCUUAUGCUCUUGAAGCAAAUGCAGCAUGAGAAUGUCAUCGGGCUGCUCGAUGUCUUCACCUCUGCCCCUUCCUACCACGGAUUCCAAGACUUCUACCUGGUGAUGCCAUACAUGCGGACAGAUUUACAAAAGAUCAUGGGACAUGAAUUCAGUGAUGAAAAGAUCCAGUACUUGGUCUACCAGAUGCUGAAAGGGCUGAAGUAUAUUCAUUCGGCUGGAAUCGUCCACAGGGAUCUGAAGCCUGGCAACCUGGCUGUGAAUGAAGACUGCCAGCUAAAGAUCUUGGACUUUGGCUUGGCAAGACAUGCUGAUGCUGAAAUGACAGGCUAUGUGGUCACGCGCUGGUAUAGAGCUCCAGAAGUCAUUCUGAACUGGAUGCAUUACAACCAGACAGUGGAUAUCUGGUCUAUCGGUUGCAUCAUGGCAGAAAUGCUGACUGGGAAAACGCUGUUUAAAGGAAAAGACUACCUUGAUCAGCUGACUCAGAUCCUGAAAGUAACAGGGCAUCCGGGAGAUGACUUUGUGGAGAAGCUUGAGGACAAGGCGGCUAAAAGUUAUAUCAAGUCUCUUCCAAAAAUGCCCAAGAAGGAUUUGUCUGUGCUUUUCCCCAAAGCCAAUCCUCACGCAGUGGACCUGCUGGACAAGAUGCUGCAGCUGGAUGUGGAGAAGCGCCUUACGGCCACAGAGGCAUUGGCCCACCCAUACUUCGAUCAAUUCCGAGACAUUGAGGAGGAGACAGAGGCACAACAGUCCUACGAUGAUUCUCUGGAGCAUGAAAAGCUUUCAAUAGAAGAAUGGAAAAAACAUAUCUACAAGGAGAUCUUAUCCUUCAGUCCUAUUGCACGGAAGGACUCAAAGAAGCGAAGUGGAAUGUCACUGUAGUGACUGGUGCAGCUGUGACCAGGAUUCAUGUCUCAUGCUGGAUGACAGAUUGGAUUUGUUCCAUACUGCCUCAUCUGUAGCCAUCACUUGGCCUGUGGGACUCCUCUGUGUGUGAACACGAUGUCAACGCCGUGACUGUGGGCACUGGACUUCUACUAAGGGGGAAGUACUCCUAAACAGUUUUCAACUCUAAAGAUAAAUAUACUCUCACUGAAACUUUGGGAGAAAUACCUGGUAUUUCUUUUUUUUCCUCCCCCAUAUUGCCGGGUUUUUGUUUCUCCUUUCUUUCUAAGCACAGGUUUUCAGACUUGAAUUAUGUAUAAGGUAAAUAAAAUGGUAAAAUUGUCUGGAGACCGAGUCCCAAGCAAAAUAAUGAAAUUGUGAAAUUCAGCAUAACAAGACUUUAUCCAUAUUCCCUGAGCACUCGAAGAGCACCCAGCACAGCCAGGUUGCUGAGAUGAUGUCAGCACCCAGAACAUUAUGAAGAACUUGAUUCCCAUGGACACAGGCUACAUUCAGGACAACUUCUGCCCUGGCUUCUUGCUAUGCACAAAACUCCCUGCCUAGGGUGGUGCCUCCUCUGGGCAGCUGCUCAUUCCUCCUUUUUGCUCUACUUCUCUCAUCCCUGGGUUUUGAUGGGUGCUGUCUCUUCCUCAUGGCUAGCUGCAAACACAUCCCUGGGAGUUCAAGACCACAUUCCCACAUUCAUAAACUUGUUAUCUCAAGGAGCUGGGUUACCAGCAAGCAGUCCUGCUGCCCUCACAGGGGCCUCUUCCUUUAUGCUCAGCCUGGUUUCCCCGCCCCCCCCGCCCCAGUUCCCUUAGCCAGGCUUAUCUCUAGCUGAGCACCCUCUCCCUGGAGCUGCCCUGCCUCUGCAGGCUGCCUUCCUCUCAGCAGAUCUGCUAUUUUGUUAUAUAGUCCAGUGAUGUGACCUCUUACGUUCUCAUUCCCUCUGCUCUGAAGGAUCCGUUUUACCAUUGCUUCUCUGCUGCAGUCCUCUUACAGGGCUGUUUGUUCCUCAACAGGGAGAGACUUUAAAACUAAUUGUUUGGAAAUAUCUUAAUAGGUGAUUGUCAGUCCUAAGGCUCAUGUCCUUACUUUGAAGUAAAGAUCAAAAAGUUUAUAGAUUGGAGAGGAAAAAAAAAACCACAACAAUAUACUGCAUGAACAAUUCAUCAUCAGCAGAAAGACAAACACAAUGAUUCAAUUCAGUGAAUAUGGAAAAUAACUUCAGAUAGAAUCAUAGAAUCAUAUUCUGGUAUCAGAUUAGCUCCUUCAGUCAUCAAUCUUAUAAACAGCAUCUGAGAUAAUCUUAUUAAAUAGAAUACCUCACAGAAACCAGGCUAUAAAUCAUCCUUGUGAAUAAGAGCUUCAGAGAUUCCCAUUAGUGCACUUUCUUUGGUGAUGUUUUGUUUCUUAUUUAUAUUUGCAAAUCAUAAUUAAUUCACUUUAGCAAGUAAUUCUGGCUACGAGAAAUUGCUGCCUCUGAGAUGCUCAUCGUAUCUGUGUGUGACAAAGGUGGGAAUAUGCAGUACUUCUGGAGAAAGUACCCUGGAAGAGAAAGUUUCAAAUGCUGUUAGAGAUGAUGAACUUCUGGAGUCCUGCUGUGGUUGGAAAGGAAGCGGAUGGGGGCCAAGGGCUCACAGCUCAGGAUUUUAGGGACCCUAUGACCUAGCGCAGACUCCUUAAGAAAAGCCAACCCAAUGUCACCUUGUGGGAACUGGUGACCUGAAAGAGAGCCCUACUGUGCAGUACCUGCAUCUGCAGCCAGUUGCACCCAGCCUUCCUCUCACAUGCUGCUUCUUUAGUAGGUGUAGAGCUUUGUAUGAGUCAAAGAACAAUAAAAUACUAACAUUUUGCUGUUUCUCUCUCUGGAAUAAGCAUUUUCUCACAUACAACUUGUCUGGAUUUAAUUGGUUUGUAAAGGUGUUCAGACAGCACUGUGAUAAGAAUAGUGUGAUACAUAGACAGAGGGAAGUUGUUUUAUGAGCCUGGCUGCUGUGUACCAGACUAACCAGCCCGGCAUCUGCAACCUCCCUCCAGGGAAUGUUUGUUCCACCUUUGCUUCUAUAAUACGCUAAAUGGUUCGUUCAAAUGUAAAAGUAUGUUUUGAUCCUUAAGGUAAUUUGAUGUACUGGAAAUAUUACUAAUGCAAUUUGAAGCCUGGAAAUUUUGGAGGCAUAUGCGUCAGUAUGUCCCAAGCCAAUACUCAAGUACAUAGGUGUUUGCUAUAAAUGUUAUUACUAUUGGAAGAGGAGAGAGAUUAAAAAUAAUUACAGGAACAAAAUAAGAAAACGGCAUCUGAAA